GAUUUACUGAGGGGAACGGACCGAGCUUACAUAAUCCUCACCAGAACGCUCACUUGAAUUGCCAAACACGGCGUCAAGAACGCGCCGCCCCGCCAAAUAUUUAUAUUCACAUUAUCAUUUCGUACCUCACCCUCGCUGCCUGCGCGAAUGGAAUACGCCAAAGAUAGACUACAACCAGCGGAAAAAGACCAAAGACGACAAGGGGAAUAACAUUACUUUCAAUAAGCAAACAUGUCUACGCGCAACAACCAUACGAUGAACAUGACAACCUCGCAAGGAGCUGCGCGGCCUUCAAUGGCGACCAGUUCAGGCGGAGCCGUCAAGGCCCGACAGCUUGCGCAACUUCACGCUCAACUAGCGCAAUUGUCGAACAACCUUUCAGAUACGGAGAAUCUACUACGUAUGACAAGCGUGCAGGCAGAAGCAAUGCGUGGACUAGGAAGUUGGCAUGCCGGAAUGUUUAUGGCGGCGAGCAAACUCGGCGAGGAGGCUGUCCGGGAUCAGGGACAGGGGGAUUCCAGGUCGACUUGAAUCUUGGACUCCCAGUCGCAGCAGGACUAGAUCUGUCUAAGCUGAUCAACAAAGACGUCUGACUACCAUCUGCUCCGGGAAAUAAUCAUCGGGGCUGCUGGAUCGUCGCGAGAUGCAUGAUCUGAGAACUCUGACCGAUGUGCCGGCAUGAUAACUGCGAGGAGCCCCCUUCGCCAUAUUAUAUCCAGAUCCCAAAUCAAUAUGGCGAGCUUCGGCGCAAGGUAUUGCCCAUCACAUUUCAUUAGUUGGGUCGGGAAUUCCAGCCAGCAGCCUCGCCGGCACCGAGUUGGUCGGCCCUACGAAUAGCUUGGAUCUCCACGACGGGGAAGCUAUUGUAAGGAGCCCGCGGCAUGGCAACAAGUCAAGUGGCCAGGUGGUACCAGAGACACGGGGGCACUCGGGAUUGAGAUGUGCAUAGACAUGGAGUAUGAAGAUGGAUAGAGGAAAUACAAGCAGCUUCAGCUGGUCGUCAUCUCUGUAUCGUGGGUUUCGUUGACCUUGAGCUUCUCGUUGUCCUUGCUGUCCUUAGUCCGGAACGGCCUCCGUUUUUGUCUCGGAGCCGCAACAGGAAACCUCUUUUCUCUUUGGCA